CAGACGGUAGCGGGAGCCGAGUAGAAUUCGAGUCGGGCUGUCUGUCUGUCAUCCCGUUCCGGGCCCGGCAGAUGACCGGAACGAGCUCUAUCGCAGCAGACUCGUACCGAGGGAUCGAGUGCGGAGGAGGAGGAGGAGCAGGAGCAGCAGGAGGAGGCUUGGUGCUGCAGCUGUGAGCGAUCGGUCGCUAGGCUGGGUCGGGUCGGGUGUGGGUGGAAUUUCCUUCAGGCAAUCUGGAUUCGUCGUUCAAAUCCUGUUGGGUUCAGGGCGAGGAGGAAGGUGUAGAUGGUGGUGGUGGUGAUGAUGGAUGAUGAUUCGGUGGGUGCUCGCGGAGGGAUGGAUUUAGUUGGUUGGUUGAUUGGUUGAUUGAUCGAUUGAUUGAUGAGGAGGAGAUGAAAUGUGCUGAGAAAGUAGAGUCGACUGAUGAUUGUGAGGUUCUGGACAUCCCUGAGGUUAGUACGAUGAGGAUGAUGAUGAUGAUGCCUGUGUUAUACUCUCUCGCUGUCUGUCUCCGAAGCUCUUCCUCGUGCAAGUCCCGAGGACUGUUCAUAGCGUGGACGGAUGUGCUCUAGUGCGUGGAGCGAGGAAACUUAGGUUUAGAGAGAGGAAGAGAGAGGGAGCGAGGGAGAGACAGAGAGAAAGGGUGAGGGAAGUCAGGGGCGAUGUUUCUUCGACCGCCAAGCUGGGCGGACGACCCACUUCGAACCUCUUCCUCUUCAUCAAGUUCCCCUCAAGGCAGCGCGCAGUCACCGAUUGUAGAUUUCGUGCACUCCCUCACGAAUCAAAGAUUGUACAGAGAAGUUUCUUUGUCUUUGAGGACGGGUCUUCGGGACGCGAAAGCAGAAUUCUCGUUUUUGAGAGUAAAGGGCCAUCGGUCGCUGACUAAGUUUCUGGCGUCGGCAGUGAAGUCGGAGAAGAUUAUAGAGCUUUUUCUCGAAAGUCAGAGCUAUCGCGAGCUGCAAGUGGUACCUGUUUUAUUUGAGCAUACAUUGGCACCCCCUAAGCGUGAUUCAAAUGAGCAACAAAUCAUCAGUGCACCAUCAAGCAAUGAAAUAAAUCUGGCCCUUCGGAUUUUAGAAGGGUGCUGCCUUCUUGACACAUCCAGCCGACUACUUGCUUCUCGCCACGCUGCCUGCAAGGAGCUCUUGAGUUUACUGUUGAAAUGUGAACAGCCUGAACAGAGUGCUUGCUUGGACGCAUUGUUAGCAGUACUUCUGGACUCACCUGCCAAUCAAAAGGAACUGGAGCGAAUCCAUGGCGUAAGGAAGAUUGCCGAGCUAGUGAAAAGAACAGACAUGGAUGACACCAUAAGGUUGAAAUGUGCAGAAUUUUUACUGCUGCUUAUAGGUCAAGUCCUUCCGAAACAGAGCAAACCUGCGAACGGUUUUCAGAAUGUGGAAGGAAGAAAAAGUGUAUUGACUGCGGAAGGAGCAAGACAAGAUGUUGUAGAGAUUUUAGGGCGGAGAGCUGGAGUAGUCUUGGAUGCCAUGGCUUCUACAGAGUCUGCUGUUUCAGAUUUUGAUACUAAGCAAACUUCACUGAGAACGCUUGCCCAGAGAUUGGUGGAUUUGUCUUGAAUUAUCUUUUCCAAGUUGUUGCUUCAUGUAACCUCAUAUCCAAACCAACCUCCUAUGAGGGUGCCAAGGGUCACCCAGUUCAUCACAAAUGCUGUGAGAAUGGCGCUUACUGGAUAAAAGCACAAGAAGUAGACACUAUCCAGUUCCUGAAGUUGAACAGAUCUUGUCUAUCUUAGAAGGAGAUGUAUAUUAAUUUUUGCGCCAAAGGGUGCUGAAGUUUCCUGUUCUGAUUUUUCGCUUCAUAUAAUGCAUUCUGAUGUCCUGUGUC